AUGGUGGUGUUCUGUUUUCUGGUGGAUCAGAAGAGGCAAGUGCGGCGGAGCAAGCCGGCGGCAGGGAUAUGCUCACGGUGCGGAGGAGGAGCGAGUGUCGCCGACAUGAAGACCGCUACAAGAUUUUGUUACGUCCCAUUUUAUUGGAAAUCUUGGAGAGCCAUCAUAUGUACGUUUUGUGGAGCCAUUCUUAGAUCUUAUCGAUAG